AUGCUGACGGCGGCAAAGAGACGUGAAUUGGAAACCAAAGGUUACACAGUCCUACACAACGUCAUAUCUUGCGAUGACUGCGACAAAUACAGAUCGCAGUUCGACGACUGGCUGACGCAGUUUAAAGAUGGCGACUGGCCAAUUUCCUCCCACUCUUUGAUUCAGCGCUACAGAGCCGGACACAUGGAACCUACCUGGGCAGUGCGGCUACAGGCUAAAGCUGUAUUCGCUCAGUUGUGGGAGACAAAUGAAUUGUUGUCAAGCUUUGACGCCAUUGCCAUAGGACGCCCUCCCGAAGAUGGCGAAGAGGAGUUUUCCAAUCCUGACAAACAUUGGUUACACUGCGACCAAAGCGUCGCAAGGGUAGGACUGCAUGCUUAUCAGGGUGGGGUGUAUUUAGAAGACGCCGAGGAAGACGACUGGACGCUGGCGGUUCUAGAGGGGUCUCACAAACUCCAUCUGGACUUCUUUGAAGCUCAUCCUAAAGCUAGAAUGCGAAUCACUAUCAAUGCUCACUAUACAUUGAAAGACAGCGAAGUCGAGUGGUAUACCAGACACGCGAGGGUGGCAAGGAAGAGAGUUCCUGUUCCAAAAGGAGGUAUGGUUCUGUGGGACUCGAGACUCAUUCACGCCAAUGCCAGACCAAUUAAAGGAAGAAGAAACCCCGGCCGUUGGAGAUAUGUGGUUUUUGUGUGCAUGGCUCCAGAGGUAUGGGCGAGCAAAGAAUACAUCAAAGCAAAGCAGCGCGCGUUCUGGAACUUGAGUACUACGUCACACUGGCCGUGUGACGGAAUCCAGUGCUUCUCUGACGACCCAAUCAAUUCUCAGAAAGUGAAGAGUAUCCAAGAACUACCAGAAAGCGCGAAAACUGAUGACGCCAAACGUUUGGCAGGAGUCUUGCCGUACAGACGACGUACAGUGCUGUGGGGAUCUGGAACAAAAUCUGCUGACAUUGCAAAACCAGAGUGGGCCGUGGGAAGUCAGGAGUGGAGAAAGCAGCAACAGAAAUAUCACUUGUCAAAAUGGUCGUUUAUGGCAUUUGGCGUAUUUCUUGGUGCGUUUGUUUGCUUUUUGUUAAGUGUUUUGAUGUAAAUGAUUGAAAUUCGGAAUGUAAAUACUGUCCUGGAAACAUCUUAUGUCACUUAUAAACAUAGAUGUUAAUAAAACUUAAAAGUU